CACACGGUGUUUGUGAUUGGCGGAAGAUACAUAAAAGAUGAGUAUCUGUGAAACCAUAGCGAGAUCUAUGAAUGCCGUUCCCUCGCAGGAGAGGGCACACCGGUUUCCACAGCAGGUGGAGAACAGACAUGAAGAUGCUGCUCGUUGUCGUGCUCCUCUCGCUCGUCUCACCGGGGCUGUCACUGAUGUGCUACGUGUGCAGUUCUUCUGCCACCAAUGAGGAAUGCAACAACAACAACACCACCCAGGUGUGUCAGCCGCCCCAGGACAUAUGCAUGACUAUCGUCGACACUUCAGGCAAUGCAAAGGUUAUUUCAAAGUUGUGUUCCAGUGAGGCCACGUGCUUAGGAGCUGCCUCGAGCUCCUCAGUCGACGCGAACGGAAACGGAAACAGCGUCAACUGCUGCAACUUUAACACGUGCAACUUCAGUGGAGCCGAGUCCAUUCACAUACACACAGUCCUGCUGCUAUUGUCCGGCGGUGUAUUAUUACUGUUGUCACACUGAGAUUCGUGGGAUACAUCAAUCCUGUCAAAAGCUGU